AUGAUCCCCUCCAGGAGGCCGUUUAUGGUCGAUGAAGAGCUUGGGAAGAAGGACGACGAUCACCGACCGGAGGUAGACCGGCCGCAAUGGCGUCCACGGCAGUGGAAAUUGCCACGACCGCGGCGCCUCUUGCUAGGCAUCGUGGCGUUGUAUCUUUUAUACUUAUUCUUUAAACAUAUGCCAACCGACCUUCCCCCGGCGACGCAGCGAUUUAAUCCAGCAUUGACGGAAGCACGGCUGAGAGCUGGGGCAGUGUGGUCAAACCCGGCGCAAUCCCCUGGAAUGCCCCCACAGAGCCCACCUCCGCGCGACGACACAAUGAUAAGCGAUCAAGAGAAUAAAAAUGAAUACUAUGAUGGCGAUGUAAAGCUUUACUCGCUGACCUCUUCCUUAUCACGCUUUCGAAAGGUACCGAGUCAGUAUAAGUCAAUCCCUAGCCAUGCUGUGGUCUUCGUCGGCGCAAGCUUGCAGAGCGUCUCGGAUCUGUUGCCACUUGCUUGUCAGAUGGCCGCGUAUAAACGGAAUGAGGUACACCUUGUCUUGAUGGGAAGAGAAGGUGUCUCAAUUGAAGGGAUCCAGCGUGUGAAUGGAGUUGAUGACAAAGGGUGUCCUAUUUUCUGGCAUGAUGGCCGGCCUGAUUAUGCCCAAUGGUCCACUGAGGCCCGGAUGGAAAGGGCGGCGGUGGCUGGUCUAGAUUAUGUUCAUGCCUACCUCCGUCCACAAGCGAUGAUCACACAAGGCGAACAACGGGAGAAAAUGGAACUCAUCAGGGCGGUCCAGUCAGUGGCGCAGCGUAAUGGGGCCCAGCAUAUUGCGCUUCCAGCUCAGUCGAGAGAUAUCAUGUGGAUGUCUGCUUUGGACAGUAAUGCACUGCGAGCCUGGAAUGAUUUCCACAUUGAAAUUCUCGUCCAAGCACCUUCGGAAUCCGCUGGGUCCUUGAUAAGGCUGAUUCGAUCGUUGGAAAGGGCAGACUACCUUGGGACUGUUCCCAGUUUGACAGUCGAGCUUCCAUAUCAUACUGAUUCGCAGCUUCUUCACUUCCUUCAGAGGAUGAGUUGGCCGCCUCACGCAGCGAGCAAGGUUACUCUUCGCCGUCGUUUGCCUUCUGGCGCCCUUAGUCACGCUGAGGAGUCUGCAAAGUUCGUGGAGAAUUUUUAUCCCAAGGACCCUAAUGCGACUCACUUGCUUGUACUUUCGCCACAGACAGAGCUGGCCCCGUCUUUUUUUCACUACUUGAAGUAUCUGACAUUGAACUACAAACACUCUGCUGGUACGAACAAGCCGACCCCGGAACUUUUCGGGAUCUCACUGGAGCUCCCUUCAUCCACGCUGGCUGGGGACAAGCCAUUUAGUCUUCCAGAGAACGCUCUAAAGGGAGAGAGCGAACUACCAAUGUUUCUCUGGCAGGCUCCCAAUAGUAACGCCGCGUUAUAUUUCGGCGACAAAUGGACGGAACUAUACUCAUUCUUAUCUCGUCGACUUACUGCUGGGGAUACAAAGGCCAGCGGGGAGACAGUGUCAAACCAGUACCCGGCCGUGCUGGAGUACAUGCUGGAAUUGAUGCGUGCUCAAAAUUCUUUCUUGGCGUACCCUGCCUUUCCUCUACGAGGGAAUCCCCCUCUAGCAACAGUUCAUAGCGAACUACGUCAUACCUCGGAGGAAUCUGCCUCGCAUGACCUGGGUAAACGUGAAGAGGCUGCAGCAUCAGAUCAUAUCGAUGAACUUGUGGACCGUUUGGAAUCUGCCGAAAAGCCCCCUAGUUCGGCCCCAAACUUGAUGCCCCUCUUGGACCAAUUUGCAUGGAGACUACCCGAUUUGGAGGACUUGCCUACCGUCUCUUACAAUGGCGAUGCCUCCUCUGCUGUCGACCUUGCUCAACAGGCCAGAGAGUAUAGAGAACGAUUCCGAGCUAUGAUGGCGAAAGAAGGCGAGCGGUCAGGUCCCGCCGACAAGGGCAAGGGCAAGGUUGAUGAUGUGAAAGAUCUGUCUGGGAAGAAGACCACUAAGACCGACGAGAAGCCGAAAGAAAAUGGGAAAAAGCAGGACGGGGAGCCCCAGGAAGAGGAGUUGAGUGAGGAGGAUCAACAGCUGAAGAGUGAACUUGAAAUGCUCGUGGAAAGGUUAAAGGAGCCGGAUACGUCGCUUUACGGCCCUGCCUUGGAUGCGAUCAAGACAUUUAUCAAGACCUCGACCUCUUCGAUGACGGCUGUGCCGAAACCCCUUAAGUUCCUGAGGCCGCACUACGAUGAUCUCGCCGCACUUUAUGAGAACUGGUCCGCGGGCGCAGUCAAGGACUCCUUGGCUGAUAUGCUCUCGGUUCUCGGAAUGACGUAUGGAGACGAGGAGAAACUUGAGACUUUGAAAUACCGCCUUCUCACCAGCUCAGAAAAGGACCUCGGGUCAUGGGGUCACGAAUAUAUCAGGCACCUGGCUUUGGAAAUCGGUCAAGAGUAUCAGAAUAGGUUGAAUGCUGAAAAGGAGGUCCAGGACCUUAUCGAUCUCUCGUUAUCGCUGGUCCCAUACUUCCUGAGUCACAAUGCCGAAGCUGAUGCUGUCGACCUUCUGAGCGAAAUGGAGAUUAUCGAUGAGAUCACACAGUUCCUCGACGAAAACACGUACUCGAGAGUCUGUCUCUACAUGGUUAGCAUGGUUAACCUCCUCACCUAUCCGGAAGACCAGCAAUUCCUUCGAACCGCCCACGAGAUUUAUGUCCGUUACAACGAACUCACCAAGGCGAUCGUCCUCGCUAUCCGUCUGAACGAUACCGAACUCAUCAAGAACGAUUUGAACGCUACGUCGGAUAAGUCGCUCAAGAGACAGAUGGCGUUCCUCGUCGCCAGGCAGCAAAUUUGGCUCGAGCCGCAGCCCGAAGACGAGGAGGAUCAAGCUUUCAUGGAGUGCCUCACCAACACCUCGGUCCCGAAGCACUUCAAAUCCCUCGCAAAGGAGCUGAACAUCCUGGAUCCGGUGAUGCCAGAAGACAUCUACAAGACCCAUCUUGAGAGCAGCCGUGGAGCUGGCCUAACUAAUGUUGACUCGGCGCGGCACAAUCUCGCCAGCGCAUUCGUCAACUCGUUUGCUAAUGCUGGCUUCGGCAAUGACAAGAUGAUGCUGGUCGAGGGUGACAAAGGUCCAUGGGUGUGGAAAACCAAGGAUGACGGCAUGCUCUCGACAACGGCAUCCUUGGGUAUGCUUCUGCACCGGGACGUCGAAGUAGGCCUGGACAAGAUCGACAAGUACACAUACGCCUCGGAGGACCAGAUCAAAGCCGGUGCCCUGCUUGCUAUUGGUCUCCUCAACUCUGGUGUGCGGAUAGACUCGGACCCUGCUUUGGCCCUUCUCAGCGACACGGACAACUUGGAUGCCAAGAACGUGCCGAUGAAGGUGGCGUCGAUCAUGGGCUUGGGUUUGGCUUAUGCUGGUUCCAACAAGGAGGAGCUUCUUGAGGUCCUGCUGCCAAUUGUUGAGGAUGUGUCGUUGGACAUGCAGCUGUCUGCCAUGGCGGCUGUCGCCCUGGGUCUCAUCUUUGUCGGCUCUUCGAACCACCAGGUGAGCGAGGCCAUCGCCACCACCUUGAUGGAUGAGGAGCGGCAGAAGCAGCUCAAAGACAAGUGGACUCGCUUCAUGGCCCUUGGCCUGGCCCUCCUUUACUUCGGCCGCCAGGAGGAGGUUGAUGUCAUCCUCGACAUCCUGAAGGCAGUCGAUCACCCCAUGGCCAAGCCCACAUCCGUACUUGCGUCUGUCUGCGCCUGGGCUGGCACGGGUACCGUACUCAAGCUCCAAGAACUCCUUCACAUUUGCAACGACAUCAUCGAGGAGAAUGACGAGAACAAGGGAGACGAGUUGGUCCAGUCAUACGCCGUUCUCGGCUUGUCGCUUAUUGCCAUGGGUGAGGAAGUUGGUCAAGACAUGAUUCUGAGACAGUUUGGUCACCUCAUGCAUUACGGCGCCAGCAACAUUCGGAAGGCCGUUCCGCUCGCCAUGGGUCUUAUCACGCCUAGCAACCCCCAGAUGAAGGUGUACGAUACACUGUCCCGGUACAGCCACGACAACGACAACGAUGUCGCCAUCAACUCCAUUUUCGCUAUGGGUCUGUGUGGUGCCGGUACCAAGAAUGCUCGUCUCGCACAAUUGCUCCGACAGCUGGCCAGCUAUUACCACCGCGAUCAGAACACCCUGUUCAUGGUGCGCAUCGCCCAGGGUCUCCUGCACAUGGGCAAGGGCACGAUGACGCUGAACCCCUUCCACACCGACCGUCAGGUUCUGUCUCGCGUGUCCGCCGCCGGCCUGCUCACUGUUCUCGUCUCCAUGAUCGACGCCAAGCAGUUCAUCCUCGGCGAACAUCACUAUCUCCUCUAUUUCCUCAUCACUGCCAUGUACCCACGCUACUUAGUGACGCUGGACGAAGACCUCCAGCCGCUGACCGUCAAUGUCCGGGUAGGACAGGCCGUGGACGUCGUCGGCCAGGCGGGCCGCCCCAAGUCGAUCACGGGAUGGCAGACGCAAAGUACGCCGGUUCUGCUCGCCCACGGCGAAAGGGCCGAACUGGAGGAUGAGAAGUACAUCCCUCUCAGCAGCACGCUUGAGGGUCUGGUAAUUUUGCGCAAGAACCCUGACUUUGAAGAAUAA